AGGCACUUAAUUAACUCUUUUCCUCCUCGAUUAUUCGAGAGAAACACCCAAACUGCAACCAAAAAAAGCGACAACAAUGGCGUCGUUGCUACAAGCGAUUGUAGAUCCAAAGAAAAACUGGUUCGCCGCUCAGCACAUGAAAGCCGUUUCCAAACGCCUUCGCAAAUACGGUCUCCGAUAUGACGAUCUGUACGAUCCAUAUUAUGAUGUUGAUAUCAAGGAGGCUUUGAAUCGGCUUCCAAAGGAGGUUGUAGAUGCUCGCCAUGCGCGUCUCAAGCGUGCUAUUGACCUUUCCAUGAAGCAUGAGUAUCUCCCUGAGAAUCUUCAGGCAAUGCAAACACCAUUCAGGAGCUACCUUCAGGAGAUGCUGACCUUUGUGAAGAGGGAACGAACAGAGCGGGAGUCAUUGGGAGGUUUGCCCCUAUAUCAACGAACCCUUCCAUAAGUGCAUUAAGUACUGCAUGAAGCUAUAUUUUGAUUGGAAUUGGAUGUUGAAAUGUAUUAGUAUUGUGGUUGUAUGUUUUCGUUGAAGAAGAAAUCUUGGACAGCUUUGAUGAAACCUUAUAUGGACCACAAUUUUUACUGCUAUAAACUUUGACCAUUUUCUAAUAAGUGGCAACAAUAAACUGGGUUGCCUUCAUAAUUUAUUGUUUGCAUAUUCUUUUA